UCGUAUUUGUCGGGGGCCGUCUUUUGGCACGGAAGCGUCGUCUAUCAAGGGCAGCAGCCUCAUUAACGUUCAUUGUCCUACGCGCACACAGAGGCGUGUGUGUGGGACUGGCGGUUGAACCAUCCAUCGGCAAGACUGCGCAGACGGUCAGUAAGGAGCAAGAACAUGGCCAACGACGAGAAACCCCCUUCUCGUCGUCAUCCCGCCUAUAAGCGUCAUCCUGCCACCGGUUGGAUACUGCCUCAGGAUGACUUUCCAUUCUCUGCCCUCGAAGACGCCAUGUCCUACAAUCCCAGCGACACCGACAUCUUCGUUAUGACCUACCCAAAGUGUGGUACCACGUGGGUCCAAUACAUGCUCUACCUCUUGCUACACGACCUCGAACCUUUCUGCACGGGCCGCAAGCUUGGCGACUUUGUGCCGUUCAUCGAAAAGUGUGGCACUGACAAUCUACCGGACGCUGCACCUCGUGCUAUCAAGACACACAUGUCCUACGACAUAUUUCCCUGGAGCGCGAAGCCUCGUUACAUUUGCGUUGCCCGAAACCCCAAGGACUGCUGCGUCUCCCUGUACCACCACGUCCGUGGCUUUGCGCGCUACUAUCACUACGAAGAUGGCGAGUUCGAUGACUUCUUCGAAGACUUCAUGGAGGGCCAGGUAGACUGCGGCGAUUACUUCGACCACCUCUUGUCAUUGUGGAAUCAUAGGGAUCGUCCCAACGUGCUUUUCAUAACGUACGAAGAUCUCAGCGAAGACACGCUCGGCGUUGCUCGUCGGAUCGUGGAGCACGUCAGACCUCUCCUCCCGGACUCGUGGAAUCCGGAUGUCGCGAAGCUGGUGUCUCGUAGCAGUUUCAGUGCCAUGAGAGCGGAGGAUCCGAGCAAGUGGUCUAGUUCGAGACCGGAAGGAAUGCCGGCGUUUAUUAGGAGAGGGGUUGUAGGGGACUGGAAGAAUUAUUUCACCGCGGAGCAGAGCCGCCGUAUGGACGAAAAGUUUGAGAAGAGGCUAAGUGGGACUGGAGCAGAGAAUUUAUGGUCAGACCUUAGUUUUUAGCUGAAGAAUGUGACUCAUUGGCUGUGUGCAGGCAGUGCUGUGAAGGCAGCGGCAAAAGAAAUGUGUGUAAAACAAAGAAGUGAAACUUGGGGGGGGGGGGGGCGAGGUUAGAGGUCCUGAUAAAAGCUAGGCUCGAUACGCAGCUAUCUCAUUCUUUCACGGCAGUAGGGCUGAUGGUUUCUGUUUGCGGUGGUCAUAUUCUGACUCUAAUAGCGAUGAAGAAUGCAUGUUUGCGUCAUGAGAACAGUCUAUAACUGCCACGACAUGCUUAUCAUUCUUUUUAUCUUCAUGUCGGUGCAGGUGAGGAACAGAAAAACUACAAUGAUUUGCGGCUGGGUCUUAGAAAACUUGUGAAAAUUACCUGGAACGCAGAAGGGUAACUACUUUAAGAUGCAUUGCCCUGAAAGAAAUAAAACCGUUGAUGCGUUGC